AUGAUCCUGGUCCUCACCAUCUACGUGGCCACCUUGACCGUGGGCCUCCCCGCCAACCUCUUCGCCUUGGCCGCCACCUUGGCCAAGCUCCGCCGGGGCCUGGCGCCCUCCGACGUCCUCCUGCUCAACCUCACGGCCGCCGACCUCCUCCUGCUGCUCUUCCUGCCCUUCAAGGUGGCCGAGGCGGCCACGGGGGACAUGCGGUGGCCCCUGCCCGCCGCCCUGUGCCCCGUCGCCAACUUCUGCUUCUUCUCCAGCAUCUACUUGAGCAGCUUCUUCUUGGCCGCGCUGAGCGUCGAGCGCUACCUCGGCGUCGCCUUCCCGCUCCGCUCCAAGCGCCGGCGCCGCCCGGGGGUCUACGCGGUGGCCAGCGGGGUCCUCUGGCUGGUGGCCACUUCCCAUUGCACCGUGGUCUUUGCUGCUGCCUUUGGUGAGGCCACCAACGGGUCCGCGGAGACCAAUGGGUCUGGGUUGGGGGUGCAGCCGCAGGUUUGGGGGGUCAAGGAGGUGGAGAUGGCCCGUCCUGAGACCUUCAUGGGUGAUGGGCUCCGUCCUGAGCGUUUGGAGGCCCAUCCUGAGGUCUUCACGGGUGAUGGGCUCCAUCCCAAGGGUUUGGAGGCCAAUGGGGUUGAGGAGGCCCAUCCUGAGGUCCUCAUGGGUGAUGGGCUCCGUCCCGAGGUCCUGGAGGCCACUGGGGUUGAGGAGGCCCAUCCUGAGACCUUCAUGGGUGAUGGGCUCCGUCCUGAGCGUUUGGAGGCCCAUAGGGUUGAGGUGGCCCAUCCUGAGACCUUCAUGGGUGAUGGGCUCCAUCCUGAGGGUUUGGAGGCCCAUCCUGAGGUCUUCAUGGGUGAUGGGCUCCAUCCUGAGGGCUUGGAGGCCAAUAGGGUUGAGGAGGCCCAUCCUGAGGUCUUCAUGGGUGAUGGGCUCCAUACUGAGGUCCUGGAGGCCACUGGGGUUGAGGAGGCCCAUCCUGAGGUCCUCAUGGGUGAUGGGCUCCAUCCCGAGGUCCUGGAGGCCCAAGCGGAGGUCCUUGAGGCCAGCAGAGCUCAGCUGGCCAAACCUGAGGUCUUUGUGGCUGGAGGGGCCAAGAUUCCCCCUGGUAUCUCCAACCCUGCUGGUUUCACGGCCCGUGAAGCCAAGAGCUCCAACCCCAACCUCUUCAUGGCCAGUAGACCCAGGACCUCCAGCCAUGAUGUCCUCACGUCCAACAAAGCCAAGACAACCAACCCGGGUGUCCUAAAGGGCAGCAGCUCCAAGGCCCCCAACUUUGGUGUCUUCAUGUCCAACGGAUCCAAGACCUCCAACCCCAACGUCUUCAUGACCAAUGGAGCCAGGACCUCCAACCUUGAUGCCUUCAAGGCCAACAAAGCCAAGACCUCCAACCCCAACAUCUUCAUGGCCAGUGGAGCCAAGGGCUCCAACUUCAACAUCUUCACAUCCAACAGAACCAAAUGCUCCAACCCAGAUGUCCUCAUGGCCAACGGAGCCAAGACCUCCAACCUCGGCAUCUUCAUGGCCAAUGGAGCCAAGACCUCCAACGUCGGCAUCUUCAUGGCCAAUGGAGCUAAGACCUCCAACCUUGACGUCUUCACGUCCAACGGAGUCAAGAUCUCCACCCCCGACGUCUUCAUGGCCAAUGGAGCUAAGACCUCCAACCUUGACGUCUUCACGUCCAACGGAGUCAAGAUCUCCACCCCCAACUUCUUCAUGGCCAAUGGAGUUAAGACCUCCAACCUUGAGGUCUUCACAUCCAACGGAGUCAAGAUCUCCACCCCCAACGUCUUCAUGGCCCACAAGGCCAAGACCUCCAACACCUUCAUGGCCCAAAGAGCCAAGACCUCCAACUCCAGCAUCUCCAUAGCCCAAAGAGCCAAGACCCCCAACCCGUCCAUUUCCAUGGCCAACGUCUCCAAGCCCCCCAGGGCCACCCCCGAGCAGGGCUUCAAGUGCUACGACGACUUCUCCGAGUCGCAGCUGCGCUUCGUCCUGCCGCUGCGCCUGGAGCUCUUCCUCGUCCUCUUCCUCGUGCCCUUCGUGGUCACCAUCUUCUGCUACGUCAACUUCGUGCGGGCCCUCCUGGCCCGGCCCAACAUCCCCUUGGAGAAGAAGCAGCGGGCGGUGGGCUUGGCCGUGGCCACCAUGGUCAACUUCGUGGUCUGCUUCGCGCCCUACAACGUGUCGCACGUGGUGGGCUUCGUGGAGCAGCGGAGUCCCCCCUGGCGCCCCUACGCGCUGGUCCUCACCAGCCUCAACGCCGCCCUGGACCCCUUG